GUGGGUCUAGAGGCAAAGGUUGUGUUUACUAAUUGGGGACUUGUUUUCUUUUUUUUUGUCCUUUCUUUACCUUCCUUGUCCAUAAAUCUCCUUUUAAACAAGCUUGCAUCCGAACUUUUCCUGCACUCAUUGUGUAUCAUUGAUUCUUAAUCUUGGCCUUCCUAGAUUACUGCAUUCGUCGACCGCUUCUCUCAUCGGCGGCCUUGGCGCAAAUCAGGUUCUACCCUCAAAAGUAAAGAGCCGCCGCCCCCCGGCCAGGACCGAGCUCCGAGUUUCGGUCGAUGACAAACCUGCACUCAUUUGGUACAUAACGUCUCUCACAGUUUACCAGCUUGACCCCUCCCCUUACUGCUUAUUAAAACCCUUCCACAUCGGGGUUGAAUUUGUCUUGUCUGUAUCUUGCACGCAAUUUCGAGGACCGCCACCUCGACCCAGACUUCGGUGGAAGAUUUCCAUUACAGGAGUGUUCUUGAGCAUCCUUUGGUCUCUCAAGUAACUGCGCUCUCUUAAGAGUCCCACGGCUGUCCUGAACGCCCGCUGAAGCCCAAUUGGGUUUGGGUUAGUUCGCAGCUUACGCCCUGGAAAGGCAAGCAGCACAGCACCGCCAGCAACAACAGUUUGUACCUUUUACGAUGGACGAAAAACACAGGGACGCAGGAAGUGUGGAGGAGAGCCAUAAGGCCUCCUCAACAGCAAACACAGCUGUCGGCACGGCCACACCUCCGCGUUCUGCUGAUCCGAGCAUCAACCUCGAGGAGAUGCGUGUCGCAGCUCACCAGAAGAACCCCAACGGCACUUCCAAUGUUGGGUCCGGCAUCUCAGUGGCCCGCGCCGAGGCCGAUUUCGCUGAGCUGCAGAGGGAGCUCACGGGAAUGUCGCGGGCUAGCCGGCGCAAGAGCCGCGCUUCUCAGCGUGACGCUGAGAAAGCCAAUGGCGAGGACCUAGGAGAGACUUCAUCUUCCGAAAGCGAACCCUUUGAUUUGGAGUCCUGGAUUCGUGGAGGGAUCCAGGCCUCUCGCGAGGCUGGCAUCCGUCCCAAGCAUAUCGGAGUUUAUUGGGAUGAACUAACGGUCAAGGGAAUGAGUGCAUUCACAAAUUACGUCCAAACAUUUCCCGAUGCAGUCAUCCGAUUCUUCGACUAUUACACCCCAAUCAAGAACAAGCUGGGCUUGGGAGGCAAGAUACCCGAGGCGACUCUGCUUGACAACUUCCGUGGUGUCUGCAAGCCCGGUGAGAUGGUCUUGGUCCUGGGCAAGCCGGGAUCCGGCUGCACAACUUUCCUCAAGAACAUCACCAACCAGCGUUAUGGCUACACCAGCGUGACUGGUGAUGUGCUGUAUGGCCCCUUCACGGCCAAGGAGUUUGAGAAAUACCGCGGGGAGGCCGUCUACAACCAGGAGGACGAUAUUCACCACGCGACUCUGACGGUAGAGCAGACGCUGGGCUUUGCGCUCGACUGCAAAAUUCCCGGCAAGCUUCCGGCUGGCAUCACCAAGGCGCAGUUCAAGAAGGACGUCAUUACCAUGCUUCUCAAGAUGUUCAACAUUGAGCAUACCCGCAACACCGUCGUUGGCGGUGCCCUCGUGCGCGGUGUCUCUGGAGGCGAGAGAAAACGUGUUUCUGUUGCCGAGAUGAUGAUUACUUCUGGAUCUAUCUUGGCCUGGGAUAACAGCACUCGGGGUCUCGAUGCCAGUACUGCUCUGGACUUCAUCAAGUCGCUUCGUAUCCAGACUAACCUCUACAAGACCGCGACGUUCGUCUCGCUAUACCAAGCUUCCGAGAAUAUUUACAAGUUAUUCGACAAGGUGCUUGUCAUCGACGCUGGCCGGCAAGUGUACUUCGGCCCGGCCACUGAAGCCCGUGGAUAUUUUGAAGGCCUUGGCUUCCUGCCAAGACCUCGACAGACUACCCCCGACUAUGUCACUGGCUGUACCGACGAAUACGAGCGCGCCUAUUCCGAAGGCUACAGUCCCGAUAACGCUCCGCACAGCCCUGAGACCCUGGCCGAGGCUUUCAAGAAGUCCGACUUUGCGAAGCGUUUGGAUAACGAAAUGGUAGAGUAUCGCGAAUCUCUGAAGGAGGACCAGCAAAAGUACGAGGAUUUCAAGAUUGCUGUUAAGGAAGGCAAGCGUACCGGUGCAAAGAAAUCAGUCUAUACUGUUGGUUUUCACCAGCAGGUCUGGGCCCUUAUGAAGCGCCAGACUGUCCUCAAGAUGCAAGAUCGUACGGCCUUGUUCUUGGCAUGGAUGCGGACAAUUCUCAUCGGCAUCGUCAUCGGCACGCUCUACAUCAAUCUCGGCGAAACCAGUGCUACUUCCUUUAGCAAGGGUGGUCUGAUGUUCAUCUCUCUCCUGUUCAAUGCUUUCGAGGCUUUUGCUGAGCUCGGCUCAACGAUGUUGGGUCGCGGUAUCGUCAACAAGCACAAAGCAUACGCUUUCCAUCGACCGAGUGCACUCUGGAUUGGUCAGAUCUUUGUUGAUCAGGCUUUUGGUGUGCCCAGGGUUCUCGUCUUCUCCCUCAUUGUGUAUUUCAUGACCAACUUGUACCGCAGCGCCGGCGCCUUUUUCAUGUUUUUCUUGUUCAUUAUGCUUGGAAACAUUGCAAUGACGCUCUUCUUCCGAAUCAUUGGUUGCAUCGCGGUUGAUUUCGACUACGCCGUCAAAUUUGCCGUCGUUACCAUCACACUGCUCAUCACAACAUCCGGCUACCUCAUUCAAUACCAGUCCCAACAGGUUUGGUUGCGUUGGAUCUUCUGGAUCAAUCCUCUUGGUCUGAUGUUCAGCUCCAUGAUGGGCAACGAGUUUAGCAGAAUAGACAUGACCUGCACAGCAGAGAGUCUGAUUCCGUCCGGACCCGGGUAUAGCAACCCUGAGAACCAGGUUUGCACUCUGGCUGGGUCAAAGCCAGGUAGCAUUGAGGUCUCUGGGUCAGACUACAUUCGCACAGGCUUUUCCUACGACCCGAACGACAUCUGGCGCAAUUUUGGCAUUGUCAUGGCCCUUGUUGUUUUCUUUCUGAUCAUGAACGUAGUCCUUGGAGAGUUGGUCGAGUUUGGAAUGGGAGGUAGCUCGGCAAUUGUUUACCAGAAGCCAAACAAGGAGCGUAAGGAGCUCAACGAGAAGCUCAUGGCCAAGCGCGAGGCCCAACGUUCUUCCAAGACUGAGGCCCAAGGUUCCGACCUCAAGAUCGAGUCCAAGAGAGUCUUGACUUGGGAGAACCUGACCUACGACGUACCUGUCCCAGGAGGCACCCGCCGCUUGCUCAACAACGUGUUUGGAUAUGUUAAGCCUGGUCAAUUGACGGCUCUCAUGGGUGCAUCUGGCGCUGGAAAGACUACCCUUCUUGAUGUUCUUGCUUCCAGGAAAAACAUUGGUGUCAUUGGUGGUGACAUUUUGGUUGACGGCAAGAAGCCCGGAAAGGAGUUCCAGCGAUCGACAUCGUACGCCGAGCAGCUUGAUGUUCACGAACCCACGCAAACCGUCCGCGAGGCGCUCAGGUUCUCUGCUGAUUUGAGACAGCCUUUCGAUACCCCCCAGGAGGAGAAAUACGCCUUUGUCGAGGAGAUGAUCGCUUUACUGGAGCUCGAAGAUCUGGCUGACUCCAUUAUCGGGUGGCCCGAAUAUGGCCUUACUGUCGAACAACGCAAGCGUGUAACCAUCGGCGUCGAGCUGGCCGCCAAACCCGAGCUACUUUUGUUCCUGGAUGAGCCCACCUCCGGCCUUGAUAGCCAGAGUGCCUUCAACAUCGUGCGCUUCCUCAAGAAGCUCGCAAAUGCUGGUCAGGCUAUUCUUUGCACCAUCCACCAGCCCAACUCGGCCCUCUUCGAGAACUUUGACCGUCUCUUGCUUCUCCAGCGCGGUGGCCGAUGCGUUUACUUUGGUGACAUUGGCAAGGAUGCCAACGUCCUCCGUGAUUAUCUCAAGCGCCAUGGCGCCGAGGCCUCACCCACCGACAACGUUGCUGAGUACAUGCUUGAGGCCGUUGGUGCUGGUAGCGCCCCUCGUGUCGGAGACCGUGAUUGGGCCGACCUCUGGGAGGAGUCUCCCGAGCACGCCAACGUCAAGGAUACCAUCUCUCAACUCAAGGAAGAGCGCAAGGCAGAUGUGGCCAACGCCGACAAUACGGCUCUCGAGAAGGAGUACGCCUCACCAUUGAGCCACCAGCUCAAGGUCGCCUGCCAUCGUACCAACCUUGCGCUCUGGCGUUCGCCGAACUACCUCUUCACACGCCUGUUCAACCACGUUGUCAUUGCCCUCGUGACCGGACUGACCUACCUUCAGCUCGACAACUCACGAUCUUCUCUGCAGUACAAAGUGUUCGUCAUGUUCCAGGUCACCGUCCUGCCUGCUCUGAUUCUGUCACAGGUCGAGGCCAUGUACCACAUCAAGCGUGGUAUCUUCUUCCGCGAAUCCUCGUCCAAGAUGUACACCACCAGCGCCUUCGCUGCUUCUAUGCUUAUUGCAGAGCUGCCAUACGUCGUCCUGUGUGCUGUUGCCUUCUUCCUGCCGCUCUACUACAUGCCAGGCUUCUCUGUUGAGAGCUCGAGGGCUGGAUUCCAGUUCUUCAUGAUCCUCAUCACCGAGUUCUUUUCAAUCACCCUCGCCCAGGCUUUGUCCUCCAUCACACCGUCUACAUUCAUUUCCAGCCAGUUGGAUCCGUUUUUGAUGAUCACUUUCUCGUUGUUCUGUGGUGUUACCAUCCCAUAUCCCCAGAUGCCCGACGGGUACAAAUGGUUAUACCAACUCGACCCAUUCACUCGGCUCAUCGGCGGUAUGGUUACGACUGGGCUACAUGACCUCGAGGUGAGGUGCACCUCGAUAGAGCUCAACAAGUUCACGCCCCCGAAUGGUACCUCGUGUGAAGAAUACAUGAGGCCUUUCUUCAACGCUGGUGGCAACGGAUACAUUACCAACCCCAGCUCCACCACCCAGUGCGACUACUGUGCUUACAGCUCUGGUGAUCAAUUUUACACGCCAUAUGGCAUGUCGUUCGAUAAUAGGUGGCGGGAUCUUGGAAUCUUCAUCGCCUUUUGCGCGAGCAACAUUAUUAUCAUUUUCGUGGCUAACCGUUUCCUCAACUUCAACAAGCGAUAGAUCAUACCAACUCUUCUGCUUUUGUUAAAAGUUCUUUUUUUUCAUGUCCACCCAAGACACAUUCCUCACUAUUUCAUAUCAUUUCUCCUUUUGUCAACCAAAACCCACAGGUUUUGUUUUUCCUAAUGUAAAAAUCCCAUUACGACCUUGUUAAUUUCCCUAUCACACACGGCUCGGUCAGAGAUUCCGUCUUCCCCAGAUUUCUUUAUAUUAUUUCAUAAUAGUGAAAGUCUCGCUGGCGGAUUCUCAACAUAUAGAUUGGCUUUUACUGUAACUAAACAAAAGAGCCUAGAAUAAAAAAAACAAGACUUAUUAUUAUCAGAGA